AUGCCUAGCCUGGCCGACGUCCCAAAUAGCUUGAUCGCAUCGUCGAGCGUAGCGUCUCUCGCAUACUUGAACGCAAAGUAUGGCAUCUCCAACGACUUGUGGGCCGUCGGGAAGGCAAUCAGUGCCCGGAUAUGGAUGAAGCGGCUCGAAAAGCAAGAGCGUGUCAACGCGUUCUACGUCUUUGAGAAGCACGCGAAAGAUGCCAAAGUCGCGCAGAGAACAUUUCUCUUGAUCCCGCACGACCCUGAGAAGCCGGACCAGAAAACAGAAUGGACGUACGCAGAGGCAUACGAGAAUGUGCUUCGAUGGGCGGCUUGGUUGAAGAACGCGCAUGGCGUGCAGAAGCAAGAGCUGAUUGCGAUGGACUUUACAAACAAGCCGCAGUUCAUCUGGCUGUGGUUUGCUCUUUGGUCACUUGGGGCCAUACCGGUGUUCAUCAAUUACAAUCUACGCGACAAGGCGUUCGUCCAUAGUGUUAGGAUCUCUACAACACGACUACUGUUCGUCGAUCCAGAGAUACAGGAGGCGCUGAACGAAAGUACAUUGUCCGGUCUGGGCUCAGACGAGAAAGGCCGGGGUAUUGAGUCCGUUGUGAUCGACCAGGAAAUCGAGCAACAGAUAUACCGACAGAGCCCAUACCGAGCGCCGGACGAGGCACGAUCAGGCGUGACCCAGAACGACACCUGUCUUCUGAUCUACACCUCUGGCACGACAGGCCUCCCCAAGGCCGCCAAAGUUGCCUGGAGCAAAUGUCUAUCUUCUAGCAAAUUCAUGUCUCAGCUACUCGGCCUCAAACCCACGGAUCGAUACUUCACCUGCCUGCCACUCUACCACUCCAGCGGAAGCGUCCUUGGUAUACUUCAAGUCCUAGGACCUGGAUGCACUUCCGUCAUGGGCAAAAAGUUCUCCCAACGCCACUUCAUGCGCUGGAUCUCUGAAACGAAGUCCGACGGCAUCCACUACAUCGGCGAAAUGUGCCGCUAUCUCGUCAACAGCCCGCCCACCCCCUACGACCGCGCACACAAGCUCCGCUUCGCCUACGGCAAUGGCAUGCGCCCCGAUGUCUGGCAGAAGCUGAAAGACCGCUUCAACAUUCCCACGGUCAUCGAAUUCUACGGCGCCACUGAGGGCACGUCAGUAUGCUACAUCCACAGCCAGAACGACUUCACGCGGGCCACGAUAGGAAGGCAAGGCGUCAUCGUGAGGAAUCUGCUGCAGAUGUGGCAUAUCGUGAAGCAUGACCAUGAGACGGACCAGCCGUAUCGAGACCCGAAGACAGGGUUUUGCGUGAAGUGUGAGCCGGGCGUGCCGGGGGAGGUUCUGCAUCCGCUCGAUCCGGCCAACAUUGAAGAGAAGUAUCAAGGGUAUUUUGGCAACGAGCAGGCGUCGAUGAGCAAGAUUGUGCGGGAUGUGUUUAAGAAAGGGGAUGCGUAUUAUCGGACCGGGGAUUUGUUGAGGCGAGAUGCUGAGGGAAGGAUGUUCUUCUCCGAUAGGAUUGGCGACACAUUCCGCUGGAAGUCCGAAAACGUCAGCACAGCAGAAGUCUCCGAAGUCAUGGGUGAGCACCCCUCCAUCCACGAAGCCAACGUCUACGGCGUCGAGCUCCCCAACCACGACGGCCGCGCCGGCUGCGCAGCUAUCGUCGUCGCGGGCGAGCAAAAGCUGAGCGAUUCAUUGGCGGCGGAUCUACUCAGUCACGCAAGGAAAGGCUUGCCACGGUACGCGGUGCCGCUUUUCUUGAGACUGAGAAAGGAGGUCGAGGUGACGGGCACGCUGAAGCAUCAGAAGGUCGCUCUGCGGAACGAAGGCGUGGAUCCGACGAAGCUUGGGGAGGACGAGAUGUUCUGGCUGCAGCCGGGAUCGGACAGCUACACGAAGUUCAGCGAGAAGGAUUGGCAGCGGAUUUGCGACGGGAGCGCGAAGUUGUAG